AUGCAUCGCCAUGCCAUAGGCGGCUACGACAAUUUGGGGCCAUCGGAAGAAUUUGUUGAACUUGAAGGGGCGGAGAAAGCUUUGGAUCCCUCUUGGAGUGUCCGACAGAUACCCACAACUACCGCGUCCUUAUACGCGCAGCUACCAUCGAUGCCACGAAAGAAAGCUAAACAUUUCAAUGCCACUUACUUUAAGUUUAUGUUCGAGGGAAUGGAGGAGAGUGGCAGCGAAGGCCUCGACGAUCUCUUGAUGGAACGCAAAAAUUAUUUCCUUGCUGAUGUUGACUACGUUUGCAUUUCGGACAACUACUGGUUGGGAAAGAAACGUCCCUGCCUCACCUAUGGUCUAUGGUUCCAGUUGGAGGUAGAGUGUGCCACCAAGGAUCUGCACAGUGGAGUUUUCGGUGGAGCCGUUCAUGAAGCGCCAGAUCUUUGCUACCUGCUCAGCGUACUCGUCGACAAGGACACCAAUAUACUGAUUCCAUAUUGGAAUAUACUGGUCAUAUUAAAUAACAAGCGACUUAUUAGAGUCCUCAAUACCAAACCCAACAUCGACUUUGAAGUGGCCGAGUAUAAGAAAGACGUUGGUGUCGAGCAGCUGCCGCAUAACGGCGACAAAUCGAGACUACUUCAGGCCAGAUGGCGGUUUCCCAGUUUGUCCAUUCAUGGAAUCGAAGGUGCUUUUUAUGAGCCGGGCGAAAAGACUGUUAUACCCAAGAAGGUCAUUGGCAAGUUCUCCCAAAACCAAAAGCACAUUGAGGAGUGCGUUGUAAAGUACAUCAAUGAUAAAUGGGUGGAGCGUGGCUCAACCAACAAAAUGAAGGUCUGAAGAUCUUAACCACCCACACUACGAGGCUGCGAAGCGUGCUAUCAAGCAUGUGUUCAAUGUGGAACCUGACAUGACUCGCGAAGGCGGCUCCAUUCCUGUCACCCUCACAUUGGAGGAAGCGACUGGAAAAAAUGUCAUCCUGGUGCCUGUGGGUGCUUGCGAUGAUGGUGCUCAUUCUCAAAAUGAAAAGAUCGACAUUUACAACUACAUUGAAGGG